GAGACAGGAAACAACACAAAGGAGGGCCGAGCUGAUGUGGAGCGCAACGUGUGCCGCGGUGACUUCUCACCUGUUACAGCCCUGACACUCCAAAACAGGGCAACGGGCCCCCGGUUGAACCCGGAUAAGGGGUUCUUCGGCUCCUUCAGACGCAGGAAGGCGCGGUGGGCUAUUCCUCUGCGCAGAAGUGGCCUACAGGCAGGCAGCCCGUCUGGCGGCGCGCUGCUGUGCGCGAGGAUCCAGUCGGGCUCCUACCUGAGCACGGGCUGGUUCACGCUCAUCCUGGCCAUGGACAUGUGCAAAGAGAUCCACGUCUACGGCAUGAUUAAUGACACCUACUGCAAGACGGAGGGCUACAGAAAUGUUCCCUAUCACUAUUACGAGGCGGGCAGCCGGGACGAGUGUGCCGAGUACCUCCUCCAUGAGAGCGCCCCGUACGGCGGCCACCGCUUCAUCACCGAGAAGUCCGUGUUCGCGAAGUGGGCAAAGACUCACGCCAUCAAGUUCUUCAACCCCCCGUGGCAGCUGUCGUGACCCCGGCUGAAGCAGCGUGGAACAGUCCCAGAUGUCUCUUUCAUCAGCAUCCAGAGACCGAACCGAUCUCUUCACCGACCCUAACAAAACGGACGUACCCAUAUCGACACAAACUUUGCUACAUUUCUGCCUCUGCGGUUGUUUGUUUGGUUUCUGGUUGGUCCAGGUUGAACCUCCAGAACCAGGCAGGUGAUUCAGAAAAAGUAACAGUAAUGCCAUAUCUCCAGCUUGUUGAUCUACGGGCGUCAUCUUUCCUCCUGAACCGAACAACCUAAUCAGUCUAUUAGCUGCUCUGUGAGUCAAAGGAAGCUAUGGACUUGGUCUGCUACGGACAGGGAGAAGAUUCAGCACCUGUAAGCUCCCGUUUGACUCAGGCUGAGCUUCUCUUUGGCUCCUGGCUGCGCUACAGAGGGGAGUCGUGCCCGGAAACCCGACCAGCUCGUCUGCCGUCUCCUCUGCGCGUCCGUCUUCUGUCAGGCCAUGAUUAAUCUGUAAUGAGUAUCAUCCGGGACCUCGUGUCUGGCCCGACGGAGCACCGGAGGCAGAUGCUCUGUCAGUUUUAAUUUUCCGGGAUCCUCCGAAAGAUUUCUUAGCGAGCAAGGUCAUUUGAAAAAGGAAGCUCACGCGAGCUAAAAAGGCAGACUCAAGGAGGACGAGUAGGUAAAUUGGUGGUGCUUUGCCAUGUGCCGUGCGUCCACUCCCAUAACUUAAAGAUGUCAGCUCUUUUCCUGCUGUUACGAUGCUGUGAAAUAGAGUUUUAAGAGACGUGUGGCUUUGGCUUGAUGUCUGGAUGGCUUGCCAAUUUAUAUCUGCUGUUGCAACACUUUUAUCGGUGUGCUAUUGACAGUGAGCAUCACAGCCCAUAGAGCGAUGUGCAAUUACAAACUCCAUCUUUUCUGGAAGGAGUUGAGUCAUUCGUUACCCUGCAGAGGGACAGAUUUAUGUGUGCAGUGGAACCAUUUGAGUUAAUUGUAUACUAUAAUCAUUUUGUGCCUGCCGUAUACUUCGCAGUUCGUCGUGCAGACCCACAGGAAGACGCAGUCGCGCUCUUCUUCUCUCAGAUUCUCAUCCAGCUUUGUGCCUCUUUGUGUCAAGCAUAACUUUGUGAACACUCAGCCCCAUUUUGCUCCUGGAUGCAGAGUCUCCUGGUUCACGACUUUACAUUUGAAUGAAUGUGUUCCAGGACAGUGAUGAAUAAGGAUGUGCAGGGGGUUCAUGCGCUGGGAUCACGAUACCGGCGUCCUGCUCUGAGACGUGGUCCCGAGGGGGAGACCGGAGAGAGUCAAAGACUUCUAAUGUAUUCAACUUGAUGCACAGAGUCCCCGACGGCCUACAUAUACUGCAGCAGAGCUCCCAUCCUGCUCCUGCUGCAGACAACUGUUUACCAGCACAGAGGAGUCUGGGAUCUAUGAGGUGGGCUUUGCCAGUCGUUAGUAGAUACUGAUGCAAAAUAUCAUUUGAGUUGAAAAUAUAGAAUCUCUUUAGCAUUCACAUGGAGCUUUUUCCAGAGCUUUCGAUAAUGGGGAUUUUUCAACACUUGGGAACCUGUUCACUCACUUUUCUGCAGAUGCCCAGCAAAGUUCAUACCGUUGACGUUAUCCUAAUAAAGGCAGUAGUGUCAUUAUGGCGUGUAUGAGCUGCAGGCAAAGAGUCCCGUCUACAAGUCUUUUGUUGGAUUUGCUGACCUAAAAACCAAACGAAUUGACACAGAGUCUGCAGUGACUUGGGGCCAGAUUACUUCACCCCGAGGCGAUGUGAAAUUUGCAAUCCAAGCCCCAGAUCGUAUCCCCUCAAACAUAGAGCUUUAGAGUCAUCAAGUUCCAGCCUAUACACCCAAAAAAGUGUCUUAAUGGAAAACCUCCCACUGCUGAAUCAAAUGGAUUUCAUUAGAGCAAUGCGCAGAAAUGUUGAAAUGACCACAUUUCACCACUUGAGAAGGCUAAAAACGAAUAAAUAAGUGUGGCGGUUUAUUUGGUAAUGUGACUGUGUUAACACUAACUGAAGCUGCGCUGUUGCAAGGGUUAAGAAGGAAAAGGCUGGGCUUUAAACUGUGUGUGAUAGAGAGCCCUGCCAAACAGGAGGACUUCCAUUGAAGUUCUGAGCCAAAUGCGACUUUGAACAAAACCAACCGUCCAUAAAAGAAUAAUGCAUUUGACAGCGAACUAAUUAAACCAGUAUUUACAGCAUUAUAAACGGCGGGCUAAUUAGGAGGAAACUCAACUGGGAGCUGGUGUGUAGCAAAGCCACCUUAAUAAAACCCAGGCAUGGUCAGAGGGUGUGAAAUAGAAGACAUGAACCCAACCAAACCGCGUUUAAAACUGAGACAGUUAAUAAGAAUGUUAGCGUUUUUUUCAUUGAGGUCUCAAUCGGGCCAUCCGGUCACUCUCUGACCAGAAUAUUGCUCGCCAUGUACACUUUGUUCGAUUCAAUUUCAGUGGAAAUUGCUGCUCAGGAACUGGAGAGCCGUAUAUCGUCUUACAAAGGGUCUGCUGAUGGCUCUGGAACGAUUCAAGUUGUGUUAACGGUCAGUAAACCGACAGGUCAGCUGCAGCUUUUUGCAAAUUUCCGGGCAUAGUUAAGGAGUAAUGUGCAUUCUGGAAAGUCUACUCCUUCAUUUUUUUGGCCUAAACACACAAUUCCUCGUAGAUGUUUCUCAGAUAAACGGUAAAACAUUGAUAGGUGGUUGAAAGGCAAAGCCUCCUGAUGUGCGUGGAGUUAAAGGCCCCCCGCGGAGCUCUGCGGUAAACAAAAGCAGUUUUUUCACCUUCAGUUAGUCACCGAAACGCUUUCCGUGCGUCCUGAAUGUUUGAUUAACACACUCAAAGCAAAGCUCCAUUUCAGAGAAAAAAAACUAAUUGAGAAUCCACUCAAAGAAAAACAAGCCCAGGGGAAGGUUGGUGCUAGCUAAUUCCACCCUGAACCUGUUUGAGUUGUUGAUGGUUAGAGUUCUCUGCUUGAUGAGCAUCGGGCUCCUUUGUGGCCCUUUUCAAUCUCAGUCUUCAAAAUGAACUUGAUUGAUGUUUUGUUAUUUACUGGCCCCGUAUUUCCCUGUUUAAACAUUCAUUGCUCGAGCUCAGCUCUUUGGGUUUUUAUUAGGCUAAUGUGAGAAAACUCUCCCUUAGAUAUUUCUGCGGGUGCAUGCAUUGCAAACAGACCCACUGCUCUCGCCUCAGGAAAAUAAAAGGAACAGAAUGUAUCUUGCGCUCGCUGAAUUUGCUGCUUUAAUGCACAUCAGGGGGUUCAGCGGCCACGUCUGUAACUAGCUGCUAGAUUUCACCGUGGAGAAAAAGUGAACAAUCACAGGCAGCCUUUCAGCGGCAUCCAGGAGAGCGUUGUGUGUUUCUUCAUGUUCAACAUGAGAAAGCAACAGACAGCAUCAGCACUGCUUUCUCAUUCUUUGGUUGACGGUUCUUAUCUUUUGAACUAAUGUACUGUACAAGGCAUGCAAGGCUGAGUCUUUGUGGUUCAGCUGAACGACGCAUGCAGGCAUGCAAAAAAAGAGUCGAUAAAACAGCAUCUGGGUACAAAGUUAGCAUUUUUCUGAACAAAAUAAGAAAACCCCUCAAAUCCAAGCUGUAUUUUACAAAGCUUAACAAAUUAUUUAGUCUACUUUUAACUUCUCAAGCACAUUCAGAGGAGAUUGCUUUGCCAAAUACCAAAUUUAGAAUCAAGAUUUUCAUGCAUGCUUAUGAGAAAAUCUUGUGGAUUGAAUCAGAGCUGCCUCUGGUAGAAACGAGCCACCACUUUUCCCUCCAUCGAGACAGCGAGGAAUUUUUGGAAGCUCGGGAAAAUGCUCUUAUGUGGAUGUUAAUACCGGGUUUAUGUUAAAUUGUUAAUAGUUUUUACCUGCAAAUGAACAAAGUCACACCUCUGUGCACAUUGGAAAACACUUUGGCCGCUCGCUCUCAAACCCCUCCUCGCCGCCUCGCUCAUUGGAAGUCAGCCCAGCAUCAGCAAAAUGUAAAAACGCCCCGUUUGAAAUUCCUCGCGGUGCGGCGAGGAGACGGUGGUGACACGGUCAGGGUCAGUGGUCCCGUCUCCACCGGGACCACACGCGCUCGGGAGGUGAUCACAGCGUCCACCACGCAGCUCACCAGGAAUGUAAGGACGACUUCUCUCUGUCCCCGUGAGAAAUAACGACCGUUUUUCUACAUUUCCCCCUCGGCCUGUGAUUGUUGGGUCAUCUGGCAGCUCUCCAUCACCCCCUGAACCCACCACGCUGUAAAGCUCUUUACGCCACCUCCUGAUUUCGCUGUAAGACACGUUUUGUCAUCAUUUUUAUUUGUUUUGAUGAACCUAAUGAACAUUUGUGUUGCAGCUCUUUACUAUCAAGUGAAGAAGAGUGCUGUAUUCUGUUUAGGUCUCUCCUAUCGACCUUUAGUCCCGAGUUUUCAAUUUAAUAAUGGAUGCCUUUUUUGUUGGUGCAGUGCUUUGUGUGGAGUUUUUCUUCUUUUCUUCUGCUUCAGGCCACACACUUAUUUAUUUUCUGUUCAACAAAUGCUCCUUUGUUCUCAGUUUAACACACUGGAAGAAUACCCUUGGAUCUAUUAUACAGUAUAUUAUGAACAAUACGCCCUCUGAUAGACUCCCAUGAAUCAUCUUUGCCUCGCCGGAGACAGUGUAGUCACAUCAUGAAUACUAGUGCGGGCAGACCUGGAGGCAAAUAAUUGUGUCCUUUAAAAUUUAACGUUUGUAUUAUGUGUUAAAGAAUUUAAAGCUUCUACUGGAAAAACCCACACAGCUCGCUUAGCUUAGCUUAGCUUAGCAUUAAGGCAGGUAGCAAGGGAAAAAAGGAGCAUACUUUUGCCUAAGUUCACAUCCACCAGCGAUCUUUGCAGUCACUGAUUAUUGGAUUAUGUGUAAUUUGUUCAAUUUGUACAGAAACUGAGCCGAAAAAUGUCAAGUGAUGUCUUGUUUCAUUGAACCACUGUGAACGGGCACAUUUUCAGUUUUCUUCGUAAACACAGAAACACCAGAAAAAAGAAAAAAACAUGGGAAAUAAUGCAGGAACAGUUACGUGUUGAUGAAAUUUUAAAACUCUGUAUGUAUGAAAGCUAUGUGCAGCGGAAACAGGUUCGGCCAAAGUUCAACCAGGCUGCUACCAGAACUCCUCCAAGAAAACAUCAUUUAAUCAUAAGUUCCCUUCAUUUUGUGUUCUCCUUUUCCACUUUUUCUGGUAUGGUCAUGUACUCUUGGUUUAUGGCCUUCCUUGGAGGUUUGACAUUUUUUGCCCUCUUCAUGCGCAGCUUUGGUUUGAUAGUUUGCACCACAUAUUUCUUAUUAUUUUUACAACAAUAUUAGUCUUUGAAAGAGUUACUCUGGAAUUAACCACUCACACAUGCCUUUAAGCUGCUUCUGCUGGUUACCUCCAUAUUUCACAAUGCGUGCAUUCAUUUCUAAGGAAAGGAAAUACAAGCAGGUCACUUUAAAGCACUCCACUUAAAUACACUGCUUUGUGUUCUUUUUUCUGUUUUUUUGCUUAGCCUAACAGGUGGUAGCCCUGGCUGAGCAGAGCCAACUCAUUCAUUCUCAAUCCUGGAACCGAAUCCAUUCUUCAUACCUAUCUGUAAAAGCAAAUGAGCAAAAAGAACAAACGUUAAAGAUUUGAAAGCAAUUUUUAAAAAAAAUCACUUCACUUUAAAAAAGAAAGAAAAAGGGCCGGUUUUGAACACCAAAGUUUUAUUUAUUGUGUGCAAAUCUUGAGGUUUUAAAAACAAAACCUCAGGGACG